AUGACGGGCGCUCUCGCAACUCCACGCUAUAGUAACGACGACUUCGAGACAGCUUCUAUUCGCUCUGCUGCUCCUUCUUAUGGGAGCGGUACCUCAACUCCACGCCAGCAGACUAUCGGCUUGCCUCCAGUACCUGCUCUUCCCCUGCGAUCGCAGCCGAACCUGAACAAUUUUCGUAUCGCGACAUGGUCCUCCGUCUCUAGCAACCCCAACGCCCGACACUACCAGAAUGUCGCGAACCGGCGACUGACUGCUCAGCGAGAUCCCGUAGACAGCCUUCGUCGAGUCAUGACCGAUGUUAGCGAGCAAGAACAAGAGCGGUACAUAACCAGACCGUUAGAAGAUCCCUAUCUGGUUGGCGAGGUGGCUGCCGCCCGUGCUCGCACAGAGCGACUUGCACGAGAGUCAGGGGAUGAUAUUCUUCUGCGAGAGGAUCGCCAGUGGGACUGGUUCUUAGCUCGAAUGAGAGACUCGGAUGAGAGACAGCGGAACUGGACUCCGACAAACCCAUACAGGCGUGAGGUGGAGGCUGGGAGCCGAAAGAAGCUCCUUCGCCGUUUUGGAGGACGACGCUUGCUAUGA